AAGCUAAGGAUGAUAAGUGCGACCAGAGUCAGGCCAGCGAGACGACCAGGGCCCUCGGCCUCAGCUCAAUGGGCAGAGCCCUCUACGACCUCGGAGCUCUCGGUCUCUCGGUGAUAGCCACGCUGGCCCAGGCGAUUUCGCCCAUGUUCAUGUUUCGUGCGGCGUUGGCGCUGGCCCUCGGGGCGCGCCCGGUUGUCGGGGGCAAGGAGAAGGGGCCCGCGGCCGAGCAGCUCACCGAGGAGUUGUUGGCGCAGCGCCGCGCCGAGCGCGGGGGGGACUCCGAGGUUUCAUCAGAGGUGUUCGAGCCCUCGGCCAGAGCGGCAGGCUCGCUGACACCCGGCGAUGCGAAGGCGGUGGCAGGCAGCGACGUGCCCAUGCCUCAGCAGCCGCCCGACGCCCUUCCUGCAGAUCGGCCUGGGAAGCACGGCGCCAGCAGCAGCUCGGACAACCAGCAGCGUCAGGCGCUCGAGGCGAUGCGCAGACUGCCGAGCCCGAUGAGUCUCGGACCGACGCAGGCUACAGCGA